AUGACCUUCACUACACCUGUCCCAAUGACUCAUCCCUGUUCCCACUACCGCCCGUUCCCCUUCCCUCUUAAUCCUCAUGCUCCCCAGUAUGACAGAGAGCAACGUGAGCGCGCACUGGCUCUUCAUAUACAGCAACAGCUUGUGAAUCAGCCUACCUCGAAUGCUCUCCAUGCACAAGAAUACGAUGAGUCUCCAGAUCAGGACCGCAUGAUGCGAGACGUUCUGUACCGUAUGCCAGACGAUCAGGGUUUCGACGUCCAGUUCCCGUUCGACGGUGACAGCGCCCAUAAGAAGGCUGAAAUCCAACGGGCUGACCGUGCUAUCCGCAAUCAGGCCGUUUGUGCCGCUCACCUCGAGGAGCAACGACUCCUCGCUCGCCGCCGCCGUUUAGAUGCUGAGAACUUCUUCGCAGGGACCAUCAAUCCUAGAUGUUUUCACGGGUUCAAUAACUCAGCUUCGUGUGACUUACUACAAUCCAAGCGCCGUCUUAUGGCAGAGCACCGGUCCGAAGUAACCCUCUCCGCCCGUCUCAAGAGCCCCCUCGCUGCCUUCCAGUUCCCUGCUGAGCUCGAUUUCUUUCCAGCCCUCGGCACCGCUGAUGUAUUUGCAUUGAUUUACACCCCGGCCAAUGCGCCUGUCCGCGCUCAGGAGCAUGCGCUUUCGUUGCUCUUCGCAGACUUGGACAACAUUCCAAGCUUUGGGUCAGACGUAGUGAGGAAUGCAAGGCGCGCGGUGGUGACUCGUGUGGAUGAAGCACUUAAAGAGCUUGAUAAAGGUGUGAAGGAGCGAAAGGGCCAUCCUGUUACAAUGCCUAUUGAGCAGCCUGCGAACGUUACCUCUGCGGAUGCUGCGCUCAAGUCCCCGUUGUAGACGAAGUUCCCAUUUAGGCCUGCAGUUCCAAUUGCCGCCUGAUAUCAUUCUUGUGCCUCGGUAUUUUCUUUACA